CUCUCACACGCCCCCUUCCCUCUCCCAUUACACGAUCGACGCACAAACACACACAAAAACACACAGACACAGGCGCCGGACCAGAUGUCUGUUGUACUAGGCGCCGAGCCUCGAUCCACGACAUUAACAGCCUGUUUUUGGGCCCCCGCCCCCCUUUUGUGUGUGGGUGUGCUCGCACCUCGGCCUCCCAAUUCUCCUAUUCUCGCUCCGUUGCCUCAGUUGUGUCCGUUCUUUUUAAAGCUUUCAUUAGCCUUUCCAGAGCGGCAAUCCGUGUCAUGAGGAGGACGGACCUCAUCUCAACACACCGGCCUCUCAGUGCUGAGGACUUGCUCAAUGAGGAAUCACAUUGAAAACUGUUUCACAGGACUUAUCCCAUCUUCUUUCUCAGUUGUUCGCCCUUUUGGACACUAGAGGACGAAAUCUAUAACUAUGGGUCAACUGCACCAGUCUAACAAACAUUUCUCGUUCAUACCCGACUCCUCUUUCCGUCGUGUAGCAACAGCAAGCAAAGGUCAACAACCGUACAGAGUGAAGUCUCUUUUCGACACAACGAAAGAAAAAACGUAUUGUUUCUGUCCAAAACACUCCCCGCGCCCGAUUGUUUUCUCAUUCCCUCACAAGCUGGGUUGUUUGACGUCAGCCCGGGCAUUUCGGAGCUAGCUUUGCACACUGGAAAACAACCGACUGACGAAUAACAAACGAGUACGAUCCAGCCGAACCAAGUUGGAUUGGCCAUAGAGCGAAGAGGCUUUCGAGGCAGAUCCAAAGGCUGUAACUCCGGCCUUCCCAACCUCUACAACGACUAUCAUUACAUCUAUCACUGGCCACAGCCAUCGGUUCAUUACGAUCGCCAUGAGGAUUCGGCAGCCUCCCACGUGAGCCAACUUCUUUCCUCCAUCGCUCGGCUACGACCGGUGGUCAGGAUACCACAGCCGUCAUGGCAUCAUGGCCGCCGGAUAUCGACGUAUCGCAAUCACCUACUGCGCCGGGGCCGGAGGUCUUCGUUGUCCACCGAACCGCGGCUCCCGGCCGCAUUCCUGAAGGUCUUACCGAUCGACAUUGGACAGCCAUUCAAUCUGCGUCGCUAGUUGUCGCUGCACUAAGCUUUGUAUCUACCACCAUCGCCUUCUACUGGUUUUCUCGCAGGAGACGAAGCUUAAGACAUGAACUCAUCAUGUUGCUCACGUCGAGCGACAUGCUUAAGUCACUGUGGUUAAUCAUCUUUCCAAUCGUCGACUUCAAAAUGGGUUCAGUUACAUCCGAAUCGUCGUUUUGUCAAGUGAGCGGCUUCUUCCUUUCCGUCGGCAUAGAGGCAUCCGACGUUGCCGUUGUUCUCAUCGCCCUCCACCCAGUAAUUUACCUAUUUCGAUCGCGACAAUCUGGGCGCCGGAACGGCGGUAACCCCCACCGCCGCCUUACUUUUAGCGCCUUUGCUUUCUUUCCGCUUUUGAUGGCUUCUCUAGCCUUUAUCAACCGGCCUGGUUAUGUGAACAAGGGCGGUUACUGCUAUUUGCCCGUCCGUCCCGAAUGGACGAUGCUCGCCCUUAGUUGGGUGCCCCGCUACAUGAUUCUUUUUGCUAUUGUUGCACUAUACGCAUCUAUCUAUUUCUACGUUACGUUGCGCAUUCGGCGCUUCGGUCAUGUUAGCGCCAUGAGGCGCGCAAGUGCGGAACAGAUGCCAGACGACAGACUCUGGUCUCACAUUUCCCCAGUGCUCCUUACUCCGUCUCACCGUGGGUCUCAAGCCUCCAUGGAAGGCUCAGAACGACAGCAAGCAUCUUCUGCAGCCAGUACCACCGCGGCCCAAAUCGAGCUGCAGCAUAGCCGCCAGAAGAUCAUGUGGAAUUGGCCGACGUACGGUGCCGACGACGAUGACCGUAUUUAUGUGUCAAAUGGAGCCGCCUCAUCCCGCAUAUUGGCUACUAACACGAGUGCCCUCUCCCCUACUUUUGUGCCUCCCUUGUCACCCCCUCAGAGUUAUAUCGGUCGCGAUACCGUCGAUUUUAGUUCACCUGAUCAUCGAUAUCGACAGCAAGCAAGUUCCAGCACGUACUGGAAGCCGCUAAGUAGCCCGACGAGUGCCCGCACUACAUCACUUGCAAACAUCUGGUCGAUCAUUCGCCAAGGCACAUACCUCGAAUCGGAUCCUGAGCACAACGCAACUCCGUUUCUCUUUCACCAGGUUAUGACCGAGACGCGCGACAAGAUCCGUCGCCAAAUGCGAUUCCUAUUUGUAUACCCCCUUGUGUACACGCUGAUUUGGGCGGUUCCAUUUGCCGCGCAUGUUAUGCGUUGGGAUAGCCCAGAGGACUCGGGUCAUUUUGCAGCCGUGUUACUAUCACUAGUAAGCCUGUCAAUGCAAGGCCUAGUAAAUUCGUGUCUGUUUUGCGCUGUAGAAAAGCCUUGGGCGGACAGAUAGGCAAGAUACAGGAGAGCGCCUUCAAACAUACGGCGAACCAAAGACGAGAAUCGGCAACGGAUCGGUCGAAGGGAUAUCGUCGCUAGCGUAAUCAUUUUUGUCUUCAUGACAAAUGAAUUAAUGUAUAUUUUCUUGAUCGCCU